AUGAUUUCCGAAUACUUUCAUACGAAUUAUUUAAUUAUAGUAAAAGUUCAACAAGAUAAAUAUAUUACAUAUGAUGAUCCUGAUAAUACAGUUUCAAUAAUGCUUGAUGGUAUUGAAUCUCGUUUACAUAUCAUUAAUAUUGAUGUUGAUCUUAUAAAAUGUAGUGUUACUGGUGAUGCAUAUAUAGUCGUUUAUUCAAUAAGUGAUCGUCAAUCAUUUCAAACAACAAUUCAAUUAAUAAAAAAUAUUCGUGAAAAAGAAUUAUCAAAUAAGGAAAAAACGAUAAAACGUUAUAUACCUAUUAUUUUAGUUGGAAAUAAAUCAGAUCUUGUACGAAAACGUGCUGUAACAAAAGAAACUGCUCGUCAUGCAGCAUUUCGAUAUGAUUGUAAAUUUGUUGAAACAUCAGUAGCAAUUAAUGAUAAAGUUGAUGAUUUACUUGCUGGUACAUUAAAACAAAUUCGUAUAAGUGAACAACAACGUCUUGAAGAACGACGACGUUUAACUAUAACAAAUGGUACAACAGAUAUUGAUGAUAAUGAAGGUGAAAAAUUAACUGGUUCAUCAUCAAUACGAAAAAGUUCAACAAUACAUAAUCAAAAUUCUAAAAAUAUUUUUUCGAAAUUUUUAAAUGUUUUUCGACGAAAACCAUCAAGAUUACCAGUUGAUGUAGAAAAUUUAUAUGCAGGUAUUCGAUAA